AUGGCGAGCGAUUCGCACUCAGAGCGGACUUUAGUCAUCGUAAAUUGUAUUCUGAACGUUCCACUGAUUUUAAUAUGCAUCGUGGGAAAUGCUUUGGUUCUCAUUGCUGCUUCAAAGAGUCGUUGGAUUCGGUCAAGUUCCAUGGAAAUUCUCUCCAGCCUUGCAUUUUCAGAUCUUCUCGUUGGUAUCAUUGCUCAACCACUUUUCCUGGCUCACCAGUUUACUAAGGAGUCCUUUUUAAACAGUCUCAUGGUACUUAUAGUGUACCCUAUUUGUGGAGUUUCUCUGUGGACAUUGACAGCCAUAAGCGUCGACCGAUUUUUAGCCCUUCAUUUCCAUAUGCGAUCAGCAACGUUGGUUACCACAACUCGUGUGAAAAUUUCGAUCGCUUUUAUUUGGCUGUAUAACUUCGUUUCGUCUGCUUUAUAUUACCUCGUUCCCUUCAUAUACUUCUUCAUAAUGGCUCAGACAACUGUCAUCUGCAUAUUAACUUUUUUCCUGGCAUAUCUCGGGAUCUAUUUCAUUGUCCGUCAUCAUCAAUUACAGAUUCAUGCUCAACAGCAAACAGUAGAAAGUAAAGAUGUAGCCGGAAAUAUUAACGGUAUUAGUAUGGUUCGACUGAAGAAGAGUGCCAUGAACACUUUCGUAUUUUUUAUCUUUUUCGUUAUUUGUUAUUUGCCAAUGUAUGCUCUGUUAACUUUCGCAAUUUCAAAACGGGCGAAGUGGACGACCGAGUACGAUUUUUCUAUCACCGUGGUUUUUCUUAAUUCUGCCAUAAAUCCAUUUUUAUUUUGCUGGCGUCUUCAAGAACUUCGAAGAAACGUUUUAAAGACACUAAGGAAGACUUUUGGAAAACAAACAGACAGUAACUAA